AUGAGGGCCUCUACCUGGAUCCACUGGGUGUGCUUAGUGCAAUGGUUGGUCGCCAGGGCUGAGGGCCAUGGAGAUGCAACCUGCAUGUUGCAACACAAGGUCCAGGAGUCCCUGGAUCCCGCCUUUGAUUGCCAAGAUGGGGCUGGGAUCGAAGCCUUUUGCGCAAAGAACCCGAAGGUCACCGCGAAGGGGGUCAUGUGCACCGUGAAGUGUGACAGCGAUGGUGCUGUGAGAGAGAUCGUCCAUGAUGCGGUGAGCUUGGAGGAUGCCAGUGGAAGCACCUGGAGCGUGUUAGAACCUGACCCGGAAAAGCUCCAAUGGCACUACACGGGCUAUUUUUUGAAAUUGACUGUGAAGCUUGAUCCGGGUGAACCACUGUGUUUGUGGCGUGCUCUAUGCAGCAAAGAGGAGAAGGAUGGCAUCAUUGAACACCACAAGCACGAUGCAACGCCUGUGACAGAAGACGACUUUUGGACGCUCAAAUUCGGCUACUUGACGGUGCCUUUAGACUAUGACAACACGAAGCCUUCACAUGAGAUCACCCUAUCUUUGCGAGUGUCUGCCUUGAUUGGACCUGCAGGACCUCACGCCCCGCUGAUCCUUCAGCACAACGGCGGUCCUGUCUCGGAUGACCUGGAUGUUCUUUAUGGAGUGCUGAGCAAAAAACCUGAUCUCUACAAUACAUCACCAACAUCCGCCAUGGUCAAGGCGUACACCGUUAUUGGCAUCCAACAGCGCGGCAUGUCCAGUUAUGCGGGCAUCGGCAAUGGUCGGUUUGAACCGUUGCCAGUGAAGAGCAAGGAGUUUCUGAAAGUGUGCGACGGCAAAGACUUGACUCCUGCGCCCGGCAAGUCGCAUUACGACCUUCGCGACUUCACCUCUUGCGAGUGUAACCUGCCAGAGGAGGGUGUGGAGGUACCAAGUCCGUUUCCAGAUCCGGAGGACGAGGCUGAGAUGAUGAAGUGGUUCGAAUUUACAGCUUCCAGGAACCGAAACUGCUACAAUUCACCUUACUGGGAAAUGAAGGUUUCGAGCGGUGGCAAGGAUUACACCUACAACUUCCUGGACUACGUUGGUACCCAGAUGCUUGCAAUGGAUCUUGACCGCCUUCGCGAGGCUUUAGGUGCAAAGACGCUUAGCAUCAAUGGUCUGAGCUAUGGCACAGCGGUGGGAGCUGCCUAUGCUGGAGCUUUUCCAAAGAGUGUCGACAAGUUGAUUCUCAAUGGAAACGUGGUGCCUGGUCAUGAUGUGAGUGACUACUAUGAGUACACGGCUUUGGCCUCCCGCCAAGGCCUGACAAAGCUCGUGCAAAUGUGCUGGAACGCACGCUAUGACAAGACGGAACUCCACAAAGACAAGAUUCAAGAACUCUGCAACAUGGAUGGUUUUGACCCAGUGGAGUUCUUCAUGAAGGUUGUUGCGAAGGUGAAGGCGGAAGCAGAUGGUGCGACAUCUGGUAGCUCUCUAUACUCUCUCCCGACAGAGCUAAACACACGUUUCACGAUGACCCCUGCAAUGCUCUACCAAUUCAUGAACCGACCCAUCUCUUCGGGAACAGCAGGUCAGUGGCAGAAUGUUUUAGAGAAGCUUAGCGACCUAGGUGGCAGCAACAAGACGCGCCUUGAAACGGCGACGCGGGCAGUCUUCGAUGAGGUUUGUGCGAACUCUGUCACGAGCGUGGGGCAGCGUGAUUGGGAGGUCUAUGGCUAUUGCAAGGAGUUCAUGAAUUACGCCAAGCUGGACUUCAACAUCGACUGUGGCUUAACGCAGAAUGCCGUUCGGGGCCUGGACUACGCGGGCCGGUACACGCCGACCGGCGCGAUGAGCUUCUACAAGAAACUUCGAAUCCAAUACGAAGGAGUGGAGCUCUAUUGGGCCAACAUUAAAGCAGGAGCUUUGUUGACGUGGCCCGCGCAGCCGACGCCGGCAGUCCUUGGCUAUCGCUCGGGCGUCAGAGCGUUGAUUGUGAACAGAGACUAUUUUGUGCAAAUUUGGGGCUUGUAUGACCGUUCCACACCCUUUGCAGCAGCUCAACAAAUGCGUGCUGCCUUCCCAGACGGCGUGGAAAUGAUCUGGCAAGGGAUAGGCCAUAUCGUGGGGGAAGGAAGGUGGGACAAUGAAGGGUCCAAGUCUUGCCUUCAAUGGAUGGACACUUACUUGCUUACCGGGCAGCUCCCGAUUGAUGGCUUCACCUGCCAUCAGACCGAAAAGCUUCUGCCAAGCUCUUCGCUACCAAAAUGA